CUUGUGUGGCGGCAACUUCCGUGCCUGGCGCAUCCACUUUAGCCAAGGGGCAUUCUGUCAUCACCAUCGACCAUCUCGCGACUCUUGACAUUAGAGCUCUCUGAACAGCAAACCAAACUCCUCCCACAAACUUCAGGCGAGGAAACUCAACAAUAACACCAUGAGACUUUUGGUAUGGGCCUGCGGCGUCCUGGCGUCGUUAACGCCCAUCGUCUCUGCGACCGCCCUCACAUAUAAGUUGAACGCCAACGAGAAGGCCUGUUUUUUCAGCUCCGUUGAGCAUUCGGGCGCCAAGAUUGCGUUUUACUUUGCUGUCCAAGCAGGAGGCUCAUUCGAUGUCGAUUAUGAGGUUGUCGGCCCUAACGAGAAGAUCAUGAUGGACGGCCAGAAGGAGCGACAGGGAGACUUCGUCUUCACGGCUACUGAGGUUGGAGAGUACAGGUUCUGUUUCAACAAUGAGAUGAGCACCUUCGCCGAGAAGUUUGUGGAUUUCGAGAUAACUGUCGAGAAUGAAGAGCGCACGAGCUUGCCCUCCAAGCAAGGCACUUCGCCCGAGCAAACCUCCGCCCUGGAGGAGUCCAUCUUCAAGCUCUCCGGCCAGCUCUCAACAAUCACCCGCAACCAGAAAUACUUCCGCACGCGCGAGAACCGUAACUUCAGCACCGUCAGGAGCACAGAGCGGAGGAUCUUCAACCUCAGCAUAAUAGAAAGCUUGAUGAUGAUUGCCAUGGCUGCGUUGCAAGUUUUCAUCGUUCGCUUCUUUUUCCAGGGCGCCAGAAAGGGCUAUGUAUGAAGAGAUGUUGGGAGAGUUAACUGCAUGGCGUUACGGGAUUCCUGGACUUUUAUGUGGCAACACGAUUGGAACGAACAGGGAGGGCAAGCAUGCCUGGCACGAAGGAGCACAUUGUUUUUGGAGACCGUGGCAACCUUAGUAGAGUACAAUAUAAAAUCACAUGACCCCAACUGAAGC